AUGAAGAUUGCUUUUCUUCUAUCGAUUCAUUUCAGUCUAUUAAUUUUCGUUCAUUGCUAUGGUGGGAACGGAUAUGAUCCUCUUGAGAACGUUUUAAGAAUCCAACGUUCUAAAAGAUCAGUACAUGAUCCUAUCAGAAACAAAGAGCUAAAAACCGAGUAUUCAUACUCACCCAUAUAUGUGGGCCCUCAAGACGGGUUGAAAGAUUUCGACAAGAUAUCAUCUUUGCCAGGUCAACCAACUGGAACAGAUUUUGACCAGUAUUCAGGGUAUGUGACUGUCGACCCAAACCAUGGGAGAGCACUCUUCUACUAUCUUGCAGAGUCACCCUUUAACUCUUCCAUCAAUCCUCUUGUACUUUGGCUCAAUGGAGGGCCAGGUUGCUCCUCGUUUGGAAACGGGGCCAUGAUGGAACUUGGGCCAUUUCGAGUCAAUGCUGAUAAUGUAACCCUUUCACAUAAUAAAUAUGCAUGGAACAAUGUUGCAAAUGUACUUUUCUUGGAAUCCCCAGCUGGAGUGGGAUUUUCUUACUCAAAUACAUCUUCAGAUUAUGAAACCGGAGAUAUACAAACAGCAAAAGAUUCGUAUACAUUUCUAGUCAAUUGGUUAGAAAGGUUUCCAGAAUACAAAACUAGAGAUUUUUAUAUCACGGGAGAAAGCUAUGCAGGACAUUACAUCCCACAACUUGCACAAUUAAUUGUUCAAAACAACAAGAUCACUAAUCAAACUGUCAUCAACCUCAAAGGAAUUGCUCUUGGAAAUGCAUAUGUGGAUUCUGAAACAGAAAACACAGGAAUGUACGAUUACUUCUGGAGUCACGCGAUCAUAUCUGAUGAAAUCCAUGAAGGAAUCAUCUCUAACUGCAAUUUCUCUGAGGCUGGAACCAUAACAGAAGCAUGUGAAGAUUAUCUAAGUCAGGCUAAAGCUGCAAGAAGCAACAUCUACUUUUAUGACAUCUAUGCUCCUUUAUGUUCAUCAUCAAGCAACACCACUCCUUCAAUAUCAGAAUUUGAUCCAUGCACGGGAAAUUAUAUCGACUCAUACUUGAACAUAGCUGCGGUGCAACAAGCCCUUCAUGUAAAACCGGUUUACUGGGAAUCUUGCAAUGAUUUCAUAGGCAUACACUGGAAGGAUAUGCCGUUUACAGUCUUGCCAGUGAUUCAGGAUCUAAUGGCUAGUGGAAUCAGCGUUUGGAUAUACAGUGGAGACACAGAUGGGAGAGUACCUGUGACAACGAGUAGGUAUUCAAUAGACAAACUAGAAACGUCAGUGGAGAAACCAUGGUACCCAUGGAUGUAUGAAGAUGAGGUUGGUGGAUACGUUGUUGGAUACCAAAACCUAACGUUUGUGACAAUAAGAGGGGCUGGACACUUCGUCCCAAGCUAUCAACCGGCUCGUGCACUUGCAUUCUUCUCUUCCUUCUUAGAGGGAAAGCUUCCGUGA